UGUGCGCAGCCGCCAUCGCGAAGGUGGCCUACCUGAAGUACGAGUUCGAGGCUGAGAAGAGCAGGGGAGAGGAGCGACGAUGAAAGACAGCUUUCGAGCCGUACUGGUGCGCGCGGCGAUCGGGACGAUGAGGCGCGCGAUGGCGACGGCGGCGCGACCGACGACGAUGACCACCCUCCGAGCCGUCGGAACCGGGCUCGAGGCCAGAUCCGGUCGCCGGGUUGUCACCCGCGCGCUGGCGGUCGCGCACUCGCCGUGGUCGUUCGCCGCGCGCGGGAUCUCGGACUCCAUCCCGACCCGGGGCGACGACGAUAAGAACGCCGCGGAUGUGCCUUCAACAUCGGCCGGCGACGCCAAAGACGUUCAGGGGACCGCGGAGGAGCGCGCGAACAAGCGGAAGGAUCUGUACAUGAUGUUCACGUGCGGCAAGUGCGAGACUCGCGCGGCGAAGGGUUUCAGCCGGCAGGCGUACGAAAACGGCGUGGUGAUCGUGCGCUGCCCCGGGUGUCAGGUGCAGCACCUCGUGGCGGAUAGGUACGGUUGGUUCGGCGAGCCCGGGAGCGUGGAGGACUUCCUGAAGGGCCGGGGUGAGACGGUGGUGACUGGAAAAGCGGGCACGGAGGAUGACGAUGGGACGCUCGAGAUUGAUCGCGCGCAGCUGGAGGCGUGGAUGGCCAAGCAAGGCGUGGGCGCGACGACGAACGAGGAAGGCGAGAGUUAGCGCGGUGAGGUUAUUUGUGUACGUCCGAUGAGCGUUCUUAUCGAUUCACGGCG